CCCGGCGGAGGCGCGAUGGCCGACCGCGGCGGCCCUGCCGAAGCGCCCAGCCCACGGGGCUCUCCCCGGCCGGAGCCCAAGGUCCCACGCGCGGCCGGGCCGGGCGAGACCCCGCGUACCCCGGCGCUGGCGCUACGUUUCGAUAAGCCCAUCAAACAGGCCUUCUACAACACGGGCGCCGUGCUGUUCGUGUGCCUGUGCUGCGGCGCCGCGGUGCUUGUGUACUUCAUCCUCGAGGCCUUCCUGCGGCCGCUGCUCUGGGCCGUGCUGUGCGGCACCUUCCUGCACCCGUUCAAGAGCUCGCUCACGCGCCUGGGCCGCCUGUGGCUGGGGCGCCUGCACCGCGCGCACACGCCCAUCGUGCUGGCCGCGCUGCUGCUGCCGCUCUGCUUCGCGGACUACGGCGUGGAGGCCCUGGGCGAGCAGGCGCUGCGCCGCCGCCGCCUGUUGCUGCUGCUGGGCGCGGGCGGCCCCCUGCUCUACGGUCUCUACUGCCUGGGGAGCUACCUGGGCGUCCAGGUGCUGCUGGCCCACGCCGGAGCGCUCAUCUGCCGCGGCCUCGACUACUUCAGCAGCCUGUGGAUCUGGACAUUGGUAGUUGGCUAUGUGCUGAUGGUUUCAUUCAAGUGGAAUGCAAGCACUCAACGCUACUUGAGAGCAGUUUCGAUUCCUGUCUGGAUGAUACUGCUUUUUCAUAUAGCAUCACUGGCUGGCUCAUGGAGAAUUCCAGUAUUCCUGGUUAUUGUUUUCCUGAUGUCUGUGGGUACCCUUUAUGAAAAACAGAAUGGGAAGGAGUCUGCUGGGGCGGAGUCACCAGGACAGGUGAUCUCCAUGGCAGCUUCCACUCUUGCAAACCUGGCCAUCUCCAUCACAGGCUAUGAGCCAAGCAGUGAAGAGCAGCCCUCUGCCCCGCCUGCAGAGCCCACAGACAGGGGAGAGCCCCCUCCAGGCCUGUCUGCUUCUUCUUCAUCCUCCUCUCGUUCCUCACCCUCUUCUCCUUCACCCACUCUGGGGAGACAGAGGCCUGAGAUGGGAGCAUUUCUCAGAAAGAAGAAAACAAGUGACAUCUACUUCGUGUCUCUCAUGUGGGCCAUCAUUGCUGUCCAGCUCUGGCUGAAUCUGUGGGUAGUGCAGCUGCUGCCAGUGCCUGUUGCAGUCUGGAUAAUCAAAAAGCUCGUGAUUCACUUUGGAGUGCUGGGCUUCCUGGAGAAACGCUGCCGUGCGUGGUGGCAGGUUAUCGAGAGCUUCCUGAAGGAGCGGCAGGAGGCUUUAGCGCCAUGGCCGAUUAUCGGGCUUGGAAAGUUCUUACUAAAAGUUGAUAGCAAGCUCUGGCACUGGCUAAACAAGAAGAUGAUCAUCUGGUUGGAGAAGAUGCUAGAUAAAAUUAUCAGCAUUUUUAUCAUAUUCUUGCUAGUAAUAGGAACCCUUCUUUUAGCCCUUCUCCUGACUGCAAAGGUACAUCAAGAAAGUGUACACAUGAUUGAAGUCACAAGUAGUCUGAUUAAUGAGACUCUAGCAAAUCAUCCAGAGUGGGCAAAUUGGCUUCCUGAGGCUCAAGUGGUCCAAAGAGCUCUCAACUCUGCAGCCAACAAUGUGUAUCAGUAUGGACGGGAAUGGAUAACUCACAAGCUUCACAAAAUUCUAGGAGAUAAGGUGAACAAUACAGCUGUGAUUGAGAAGCAAGUUCUAGAGCUCUGGGACAGACUGUAUCACUCUUGGUUUGUAAAGAACGUGACACACUCUGGAAGGCACAAAGGGCACAAGAUGCAUGUGAGUCGUCAGAACAGCUGGCUGGGAGAUAUUUUGGACUGGCAGGAUAUUGCCUCCUUCGUUCACGAGAACAUUGAGACAUUUCUUUCGAUAUUAUCUUUUGGCUUCCAAAUAUGGAAGAUGAAGAUCUUGGAGUCCUUGUGGAUUGUUAUGAGCCGGAACGUGAGCCUGCUGUUUACCACGGUUACCACACUGCUGACCAUCCUCUUCUACAGUGGCACUGCGCUUCUCAACUUCGUGCUUUCCCUGAUAAUUUUCCUGACCACACUGUUUUAUCUGUUAAGUUCCAGUGAUGAGUACUACAAGCCAGUGAAGUGGGUGAUCAGCCUGACACCACUGUCCCAGCCAGGCCCUUCUUCUAAUAUCAUCGGCCAGUCUGUGGAAGAGGCUAUCAGAGGGGUGUUCGAUGCUUCCCUCAAAAUGGCUGGCUUCUAUGGAUUGUAUACCUGGCUGACUCACACUGUAUUUGGCAUCAAUAUUGUCUUCAUACCAUCAGCUUUGGCAGCAAUCCUUGGAGCUGUGCCAUUUCUGGGGACAUACUGGGCAGCAGUACCUGCAGUUCUAGACCUGUGGCUGACACAAGGGUUAGGAUGUAAGGCCAUCUUGCUCCUGGUCUUUCAUCUCUUGCCGACGUACUUCGUAGACACUGCAAUCUACUCGGAUAUAUCAGGAGGAGGCCAUCCCUACCUGACCGGCUUAGCAGUGGCUGGUGGAGCGUACUACCUAGGCCUGGAAGGAGCAAUCAUUGGGCCCAUUCUUCUCUGCAUACUUGUGGUUGCUUCCAAUAUCUACAGUGCCAUGCUAGUGAGUCCUACGAAUUCAGUGCCCACACCAAAUCAGACGCCUUGGCCUGCUCAGACGCAGCGGACUUUUCGUGACAUCUCUGAAGAUCUGAAAUCUUCAAUAAAUUGACCUGGCUUCACUACAGUGACUUCUGGGGAGUUCCACCUUGACAGUGAGUCCUCCCAGCUGCGGCCUCUGUCCGGUUAGCUGUGUCUGGCAGACAGGGGCGCCCAGAAAAGAAGCAGAAGCCUCCCCUGGCCUUACACACAGAACACCGAGUGAGAGAGAACUUGCUCUAGGCUGCCUUGCAUUUUAAAACACACCUUGAGAGUUGAGAACUGUUAGCUCACGGCUCAUGCUAAGAUGGCUUGACAUGUUGCGGUUCAUGCACUGGUACCAAGGCUUGAAAUUGCCCUCUUGGAUUAUCUACUGCAGUGUGUAUUUAUAAGUUUGGCGGAAUCUAAGAUACUUGCUAUUAAAAGUAUAUUCAGUAUAAUUUUUCUCCUGCUGUAGGAGUUCUUAGCCCAUUUUCAGUGACAAGGCUUUUCCUUUGGAGUAUGGUAUAGUAAGCAGGAAAAGUGAGUCUAAUACUCUUGAAAAGACCGCUGUCCUCUUCAAGGA